AUGGCAGCGGGAGUAGCAGCGUGGCUGCCCUUCGCGCGCGCAGCGGCUAUCGGCUGGAUGCCGGUGGCCAACGCGCCCAUGCCCAUACCCCCCAAAGAAAGGCAGCGGGGAGAGGACGGACUUAUCAUUCUUAAUGUAAGUGGCACUAAGUUUCAAACUUGGAGUGAUACUUUAGAGCGCUACCCGGACACGCUUCUGGGCAGCUCUGAGCGGGAUUUUUUCUUUCACGAAGAAACAAAGGAGUAUUUUUUUGACCGCGAUCCAGAUAUUUUUCGCCACAUUCUGAACUUCUAUCGCACAGGAAAACUGCACUACCCGCGUCAAGAGUGUAUAUCGGCGUACGACGAGGAGCUUUCCUUUUUUGGCAUUAUCCCGGAGAUUAUUGGGGAUUGCUGCUACGAGGACUACAAGGACCGGCGGCGGGAAAACCAGGAGCGCAUACAGGAUGAUGAGGAGACGGACCAAGCCAAUGAUCUGAUCUCCGCGGAUAUGUCUUUUAGGGAGACUAUGUGGCGCGCCUUUGAGAACCCUCACACAAGCACAAUGGCUCUAGUCUUCUACUAUGUUACAGGCUUCUUCAUCGCAGUGUCAGUGCUGGCCAACGUGGUGGAGACUGUCCCGUGCGGCACACUGCCCAACCGCGUAAAGGUUGUGUCCUGCGGUGAGCGCUAUGAGUUGGCUUUCUUCUGCCUGGACACCGCGUGCGUCAUGAUUUUUACUGUGGAGUACCUGCUGCGUCUGAUGGCCGCGCCCAGCCGAUACAAGUUUGUCAAAAGCGUGAUGAGUAUUAUUGACGUGGUGGCCAUCAUGCCCUAUUACAUUGGCCUUGUCAUGACGGACAAUGAGGACGUAAGUGGUGUUGUCACCCUGCGUGUCUUUAGGGUGUUUCGGAUUUUUAAAUUCUCGCGGCACUCAGCGGGUCUGCGCAUCCUGGGCUAUACACUUAAGAGUUGUGCCUCAGAAUUGGGCUUCCUGCUUUUUUCUCUCACUAUGGCCAUUAUCAUCUUCGCCACAGUCAUGUUUUACGCGGAGAAGGGCUCCAGCGCCAGCAAGUUUACCAGCAUCCCCGCGGCUUUCUGGUACACCAUCGUUACCAUGACGACCCUGGGUGUUUCUCUUUGUAAUGAAGCCACCUACAGGGGCAUCCAAGUGGAAAAGAUGGUAUCUGCGGGCAAAAUCACAUCCCCUAAAUUACUAGGAGAUGUGGCUAUGUCCAAAGCACAAGCUCACUGUGCACUACGCCUCAGCAGCUCCAACUGA